UCGGGACAUUUUUUAUUGCAAAAAUAUGGAAAGAGGAACCACGCUUCUCGGUUGGAAAUGACACGUAAUAAUUUCAACAAAUUCACGCACAUUUUAUUUUGAAUGAACGAGAUUAAAUAUGUCGAAUGCCAGACCAGUCGGUUCUUCCCGCCAUUUCCCGGAAAAAGCUGGAUCCCUCCCUGGGACUCGCCUCGUUACAGAUACGUACCUAGGGGUGCCCAGAACAAUGGCAGUCUCAACUUCUCCGAACACCACCAUGCGAAACACGUCUGUGGUCACUAAACAACCGACCAAGUGUAAAACGAAAGACUCGAAGCAGCCGAGGUUUAUGAAGGAGAGUAAUGUAGACAGUGGACUGACCAUCCUCCCGUGGGAGGAUUUCAUCUAUGAGCCCCGGGUCCUUAACGACUUGUUCAUCCUGGAAAGAGACGGGGUUAUAACCUAUGACCCCGAGGAGGUCAAUGUCUUCUUUCACGCAACUCGGAUGAUGACGCCAACUUUUGGGGAUGUAUCGGAAAACGGCAAAUCAUGGGUGCUGACUGUCGAGAAUGUGGUAGAGCUGGAGAGGGUUCGACUAUGGCUAACUGAUAGAGUAUCAGUGUUUGGUGUCACACUCGUUAAAAAGGAGGGAACUUUUGGUAAAAGUCAGAGAGCGCCAUGUCUGAUAGUAUUUGACCCAAAGAAGGGUAACAUUCGGGACCAGCUGUACCACGCGUUCGUCAGGUCUGUCAGCGCUAUGGACCACGGCAAGAAAUUCUGUAUAGAGGUGAAUCUCAACGGAUGUGUGCAGAACUGGUGUACACGGGUCACUGGUGCCAAAUGUAAGGCUGUUGGCGCCAAACUCAUCAUUACGAACGGUGAGGAGCGAGACCACUUCCUGUCUGCUGAGAACGUGGUCUGCUGUGUCGUCUGCUUGCCAGUGUGGGCCAUACAGACAGGUAUUCUACAGGCACAUCGACACUUCCAGUACAUGGACUACUUUCUAGAUCUGACUAUGGAGGAACUCAGACUUCAUGGCUCUAUGGGAGGAACAGCAAGUCAACGCGAGAAACUCUUCGCAGAAAACACACGUACCGGAGUGUUCCGGACGAAGCCUUCAGAGGCGGGUGUGGCAUCUCUAGACCCUCGACGUGGAAUGGAACUGGACGGACACAAGUACAUCUGUAUCAAGAAGUACGAUAAAAAGGAUAACAAACCCAUGGAGGAAUCUAUUGACGAGCACGAAACGACAACCCUACAUAACCUACUCGCUCACAUAGCGAAAAGUAAACUGAAAAACGAGGGAAUUGAGAACGAGGUGUGUGCAGGCUCUGUGGGCAGUUCUGAUGAAGUCGCCGACAAUCUGACGGACGAUGUAAAGGCAAAGACUACACCAAGUAUAGCCACUGACAAGGCUGGACUCCUUCACACUAACGUCCAAGUUCAUCAGGGUGCGUUUUUAAAUAAGACAUCUGUUUCAAAGGUGCAAUUGAAAGAAAACGCACAGCUGAAAGUAUACGACGACGAAAAUGAAAUAAUGGAUGAAGAUGAGAGGGGGGAAGUUGAUAAAAUGCAAAUUCAGACAACAUCAAAGGGUAUAAAGAAUACAGAGAAUAAACAGCGAAUGAGCUGGGACCAGGACAAAGACGUAAUGAACGAAAGGAUACGUGCUGCAACGUUAGAAACUACAAACGAGCCUCGAAAUAACAAUGUGUACGAAAACGGAAUGGAAACGUUGCUUUUGAAAGGUUAUUCAAGAUGCAAAGAGGAAGAAGAAGAGGAAACAUCAAAAACACCUAGGACAAAGAAAGUAAAAAAGAAGACGAAAAAACGGACUAAUAGCGUGAAUAGACGUAAAACGACUUUGUCGAAUGGAGAUUUCCAGUCGGAUAAUGGCACAACCGAAGGAAGGCCAGUUAGUAGGAAAGGAUAUGCAAAUCAAGACAAUGAUUCGUCUGAUGACAAUGCUGAGGGAUACAAUGCAGGUGAUAACAUCACCAGUCUGUCCCAGACGGCGGAAGUCGACACCUACACACAGGAAGUACGUUCAAGGCGUCGGAAAAGGUCAAAGCAACUGACAAAAGUCUCCGAGUCAUCUGGAGAUGAUAGUGAAGAGGAAUUUACGAAAUAUUUACAGGAUGCUAAUUCUACAAUUCUGAGAAAUAUCGACCAAGAACGAUUAUUCACUGAACGUCAUUAUCCCGAUCAAUUAAAAGGUGCGACGACGGACCAGGUACAGGCCAACCCCAAGCCCUACUUGUUACCGGAAGAAGACGAGUUCGACGGUAGGACAAGUAACAUAAUCCCAGUCGGAAAGACGGAUAGGACGUAUCUCAUAGACAAUACCGAGGACGAUUUGCAACAAAACGGAGCUGAGGGCGACAUUGAACUCACUGACUGUGAAUUGGAUGGUGAUGGCGAGGAGGAAGAUGAGGGUGGAAAUACACAGGAGCAAUCGGAUGUAACGCAAAAGAAGAAGCGACCGAAUACGACAAUGGACCGUUCUAAGAGGCCAAGCAGAUACGAUUCGACGAGAAAGUACCUUGGAAUCCGAACACCGCGACGUAAUCAGCGACCCAUGACGACAGACACCGUACAACAUCAAGCCGUCUACGAAAUGGAGCUCAUGUGAUGGAUAGUUACAGGUGGUCAUAUCAGAAUGUUUACAACCCAGUCUCUUGUUUUAGUAUAUGUAAUCGACCGUAGGAAAGUCUUUCAUUUCUGUCAUGUGCUGAUAUGCAUAGCUCAUACGAUGAGAGUUGUGAUCGACGACGGAUUACGGUAAUUGCGUACGCAACCCUUUUAUUAGGUCACAUAUAUACGAUAAAGUGUUACCGAAAUAAUGUUGUAACUCCUUGGAUUUGUAAGUUGUGCUGUAUGCUGUGGGAGAUUCCAUGUAUUGUUAUUGAAAAGCAUUUUUAUGUGUGUCGUUCCUCAUGCAAAACUUGUCAGUGUACUAGGCGCGUGAAACGGUAAAAUACGUCUCUAUACAAGCAAGCGAGACCAACUAGGCGCGUGAAACGAUAAAACACGUCUCCAUACAAGCAAGCGAGACAAACUAGGCGCGUGAAACGAUAAUACACGUCUCCAUACAAGCAAGCGAGACCAACUAGGCGCGUGAAACGAUAAAACACGUCUCCAUUCAAGCAAGCGAGACCAUCUCAUUUAGACCCUUUCAAACAGUUUCUUUGCAAAGGGUUCAUGGGCAUUUAUGAUAAAGCAGCGUGAAUAAAGGAAAGGCGCCGUAAAUUCUGUAUCGAGGACCCGAAUAAGUCGUUGUAUGGUAAAUAUUGAUAAUGAUGAAACAGUUGAAUGUAUCUUAUUAUUUGAAGGGAUAGGUUUUGAACAGCUUGACAUUAUUGUUAGUGCUCGAGUCCCAGGUAUCCGGGUUAUUAUGACGUCAUACUAUGUAGUGGUUCAUUUGCUAAGGCCGGUUUACGGAGAUUCCAGGUUAAGUUUGCCUUUAAGUUUGGAUUAACUAAAUUCUAGGUAGAAGAUAAAUUCUCGCAGAUUUUGCGGUAAUAUUUCACUGUUUUCUCAGUUUAUAUCACCAAUAAAAGAAAAUGGUCAAGAUAUUUCGCAUAGAAAACGGAAAGAAAAACAAAAACUACUUCAGAUUUAUUUUUUCGCUCAUGUUACAAGCAACUAUCGCCUUUUAAGUUGUUUGCGGGCUCAUUUGAUUAACUAAAAGGUAAAAUGUAUGUUACGUACGCACAUAUUGAUUACGCACAUAAAGGCAAGGUAAAACUUGGGAACCCUUAAAUGUGAAAAUUGGCCCAACCUACAACACACGAAAAAGUGUCGGGGUGAUAUUUUUAAUCAUAUCAAAUUGCAGUGAAUGUAAACUAUAUAAAUAUAUAUCAAUUUUGAAUGCAUUACAACACGAAAUGGAAGUCAUUAAUGCUUAAAAAUGUCAUAAAUCAGCGGGAACCCAUCUUAAUCUAGACCGACAGAAAUAAUCAAACCCACGUUUGUCUCACGGUUUUAUUGUCUGGUUUGUGUUUUGGGACCAAUGCAGCAGUGUGUGUGGAUAAUGUUUCGUGUUUUUUGACAGAACUCCAACUGUCAAACUACAAAGGGAAGUUCUGUGUUUGCUGGCUGUGCCCACCAUCCUACAGUAACAUUUAAAUAUGACACUGUGACACCUAUACAAUAACCUGAAUGUUGUGUCUAUCUAAAUCACAGUUCACCUAGUGACUGUUGCCCCUAACUUGUUGUAACGUCACUAUCAUUGACUCACUGUUGGGCUGAAAGUCAACAUCAUCAUCUUUAGACUAAAAGUCUACACUUUUGAAUUUCGUAUUUCAUUGUAUGUUAAGUUUCUCAAAUGAGAAUAAAACAUGC